GCAGGGACCCGGACGCGCUCUACCGCGCAGCAGCGGCCGGCGGGUGCCCAGCAGGCUCCGCACUGCCGCCCGCGGGAACUCCGGGUGCAGGCGCCAGUGGCGCGCGAUCCCGGAGCCUGCGCGGACAAGUGCUGACUGGUGCGGGAGGGGCCCGUGCGGCGGGGGAAGAAGGCGGAGUCCGCGGGGAAAACGAAACUGAGAGUGAGCGGCCCAGAUCCCACCAGGCUUCACAGACUGCAGCAGCGCGGGUGAGUGGCGAGGGGCCGACAACCAGGAGCCACAAGGGCGCUCGCCAUCCUGCAUCCCCAGCCUGGGACUGGACCCUGUUUACUGGAGAAAGAAAUGGCCAGUGGUCGUUCACCGUGUUUCUACAUAGAAGAACUUAAUAAAUACCAACAAAAGAACGAUGUCAUACUUAAGUAUCGUGAACUGUGUAAGACAGGACCUGCACAUAACUUGAGGUUUACGUAUCAAGUUGUAAUAGAUGAGAAAGAAUUCCCCAAAGCUGAAGGUAGAUCAAAGAAGGAAGCCAAAAAUGCUGCAGCCAAAUUAGCUUUUGAAAUAAUUAAUAAAGAACACAAGGCAAAUAGUUCUUCAUCACUGCCGACAGCAAAUCCUCCAGAUAGACAACUCACUGAGAAUUACAUAGGCCGUAUUAAUACGAUUUCCCAAAAGAAAAACCUAUCUGUAAAUUAUGAACCAUGUGAACCGGGGGAAGAUGGGCCUGAAAAAUUUCAUUAUAAAUGCAAAAUCGGACGGAAGGUAUAUGGUAGUGGUGUAGGAUCCACUAAACAGGAGGCAAAACAAUUGGCUGCCAAACAGGCUUAUGAAAAGUUACAGUCAGAAAACUUUAUGAAUGCUGACCCACCAUCCUCUAGUUGUCUCAGUACUGCGAGCAGUGACAUCCAAAGCAGCUCUCCCACAACGAGCACAUCGGCUUCAGAGUCAGCAACUGAAAAUGGCUUCUCAGCAAAUACGUCAGAAAGCAGUGAUAACAGUGACAGAUUAAACAAUUCUGUCCUAUCUCCAGUGAAUAGUUCUGGAAGUCAUCCCCAGAGGGUACAAAGAAUUUUGGCACCUACAUUUACCUCGCCCAUGAAGGAAGAAAACAAACACAGCUUGAACCCCAGGUUUGUCGAAGAUUUUAUUCAAAUAGAACCAAUUGGCUCAGGUGGAUUUGGCCAAGUUUUCAAAGCAAAACACAAGAUUGAUAAGAAGACUUAUGUUAUUAAACGUGUUAAAUAUGAUUGCGAGAAGGUAGAGCGUGAAGUGAAAGCUUUGGCAACGCUUAAACAUCCAAAUAUUGUUCUCUACUACGGUUGCUGGGAUGGGAAUGAUUAUGAUCCUGAGCAAAGCAUGAAUACUUUAAGAUCAAAGACAAGGUGCCUUUUCAUCCAAAUGGAAUACUGUGAUAAAGGGACAUUGGAACAAUGGAUUGACAGCCAAAGAAACAAGGAACCAGAUAAAUGUUUGGCUUUGGAAUUCUUUGAACAAAUAACAACAGGAGUGCAUUAUAUACAUUCAAAACAGUUAAUUCAUAGAGACCUUAAGCCAGGUAACAUAUUUUUAGUAGAUACAAACCAAAUAAAGAUUGGAGACUUUGGACUUGUAACAUCCCUGAAAAAUGAUGAAAAGCGGACAAGUCGAAAGGGAACUUUGCGAUACAUGAGCCCAGAACAGAGUUCUUCAGAAGACUAUGGAAAUGAAGUGGACAUCUAUGCUUUGGGGCUAAUUCUUGCAGAACUUCUUCACAUAUGUCGCACUUUUUCAGAAACACUGAAGCUUUUUGAAUGCCUGAAGGCUGGCGUCUUAGAUGUAUUUAACUACAAAGAAAAAGGUCUUCUACGAAAAUUACUCUCAAAUGACCCCAAGAAACGACCUAAUGCAUCUGAAAUACUGAAGACUUUGAAGGAGUGGAAGAACGUCACAGAGAAAAAGAAACGAAACACAUGUUAGAUACUAAAAAAAAUAUCCUGCUUCUAAUAGUUGAUUUUCCUGUAACUGUCUAAAAUUUGCUGGGAAUUAUUGAUGGUAUUUCCCUUCUAUUUUCAUUUUCCCUUAAUUUUUUUGCCACAUUUGCAGAAAGGUUUGCAUUUUUUUUUUUUGUUACUUUAAAAACAUUCUUGAGGAGUUCCAGUCAUGGUGCAGUGGUUAACGAAUCCGACUAGGAACCAUGAGGUUGCGGGUUCCAUCCCCGGCCUUGCGCAGUGGGUCGAGGAUCAGGUGUGAGCUGUGGUGUAGGUCGCAGAUGCGGCUCGGAUCCCGCGUUGCUGUGGCUCUGGCAUAGGCCGGCGGCUAUAGCUCCGAUUAGACCCCUAGCCUGGGAAUCUCCAUAUGCCAUGGGAAUGGCCUUAGAAAAGGCAAAAAGACAAAAAGACAAAAAAGAAAAAAAAAAUCUUAAAUUUGACUUUUUCCUGACUCAUCACCUUAUUAUGAAGAUGGGAAAAAAAUCCCUCAAAUUUUCUUUUUUAUACCAAUUAGUUAAUCAGUUAAUAUAAUUUAUUAAAUGUCUACUGUUUCUAGGCCAAAAAAAAUAAGACCUAUCCCUGUCUUAAAUACCUAUCAAUCCAGAUGGAGAAAUAUGGUAACCAUGAAGCGAUAAGUAAAAAAGAUAAGUACCAUCACUUUGGAAAAUAAUUUGGUACCAUCUAGCAAAGUUAAAUGUAUACAGUGGUCUCUGAAAUGCCACCAAUUCCAUUCCUACUUACAUGCCCACAAGAAUGUUCAUAGAAACCCUGUUUAUAAUAGUCAAAACAACAGGAAACAAUGCUAAUGUACACCUGAAGAAGAAUGGCUAUGUUCCGUAGCACACACUGAAUACUAUACAGCGGUGCAAAUGAAUUGCAGCCAAAUGCACCAAUGUGCUACAUCUCUCAGAAACAUGCUAAGAAACAGAACAGAUCACAGAAAGCUUAUACAGAAUGAUUCCAUUAAUGCAAAGUUUAAGAACAUAAGGGAAAUUAGUUUGUUUAGGUAUCCAAAUGAAUGUGGUAAAACAAUAAAGGGAAGGAAAAGAAUGAGAAUUACUAGGAAUUCUCUUGUGGUGCAGCAGGUUAAGGACCUGGCACUGUCAUUGUAGCAGCUUGGGUCCCUGCUGUGGCAAGGGUAUGAUCCCUGGCCUGGGAACUAACACAUGCCAUGGUUGUGGCCCCAAAAAAAGAGUGAGAACUGUUAUUAGAUUCUAAUGGUGAUUAUCUCUGAGGAGGCACAGAGGUGAUGUUAUUGGAGACAUGACCUAAAUACAUUUUUUUAACCUAUUAUAGCAGUUACUUUAAAGAGAUGCUAACUGUGCAAUAAGGCAGUGGCUGAGUAAAGAAAACAGUCAGUCUGGAGGGCGAAUUCACUCUAUUCUGAGAUAUCAAGGCACAGGGCUUAGAAGUGACAUUCCAGUGAGACUUCCUUGUGUGAGAAGGAUUUAGAUGAAUGGAGAGGAGAGUUCGUGGGUAGUCUGGGCGUGGGGUAUGACAUGUGUGCUAGAAAAGAUAGAUGUGAGGAACACUGGGUAUACUAGUUUGUUUCCUUGAAUUGCUGUAGGGAGUGCUGGAAGAUAAUUUGGGAUGUAUCUUGGAAGAACUUGAGGGUUACUUUUAGCUUUACAGCAACCAACUACCCAUUCUAAAAUUGUCAUGUAAUUUUACAAUUUUUAAAAUGAGCAAAGUUAGGCUCAGCAGAAAAAUCACAGUAAUAGAAAAUACUUUUGUAAAGGCUUAUAACAAUUUUUUUAAAUGCUGCUAAAAUCAAUGACUAUGAUCUUCAGCAUCCCAAGCAGUAUUUAAGGCAAGGUUCAUCAGUGAAUGCUAAACCUGUUGGUUGAAGAGGUAUUGGGAAACAGGCACUAUGAAAAGAAUUAAAUAUAAUCGCACAGAUGCUACUACAAAGGAGAAUGUGUAUCUUUAAAAAGAUCUUGCCACUAUAAUAACUAAGUGUUUAAAUUUAGCAUCAUCAAAAGCAGGGGAACCUGACAUCAUGCCUCUCCCAAUGUGAUGUAAUUAUACACUCUCACCUAUUUAGUUUUCUUGCCCACAGUGUUUAACUGGAAUUUAAUCAUGAGGAAAUUAUUAGACAAAGCCUGAGCGAAGUCAGUAACUUGGGCUUCUCAUAAAGUCAAUAUCCUGAAAAAAAGUAGGGGAACUCUUCUAAAUAGAAAGAGAUGAGAGAGAUAUAAUGACCAAAUGGAAUGCUUGAAUCUUGAUUGUAACCUGGAUAUCAAAAAAAGAAAAACCCAGCAAAUAGCUGUAAAAGACACUUUUGAGACAAUUGAGAAAUUUGAAUAUAGAUUGAAGAUUAAAUGACAUUCCCAUUGUGGGAAUUCUCACUGAGUUGCCAUUGUGGUUCAGUGGGUUAAGAACCCAACUAGUAUCCAUGGGGAUAUGAAUUCAAUCUCUGGCCUCUCUCAAUGGAUUAAGGAUCCGGUGUUGCUGUGAGCUGUAGGGCAGGUCACAGAUGCAGCUCAGAUCCUGCAUUGCUGUGGCUGUGGUAUAGACCUGCAGCUGCAGUUCCGAUUCGACCCCUAGCCUGGGAACUUCCAUAUGCUGCAGGUGCGGCCCUAAAAAGAAAAAAAAUGACAUUACGGAAUAAUUACUAAUUUUCUUAGGUGUGAUAAUGAUAGAGUGGUCAUGCCAGGAAAAGUCUUAUUCUUAGGCAGUGUGCACAGAAAUAUUUAGAGGUGAAGUGGCGUGAUGUUUGCAACUUCCAAAUAUUCAGCAAAAUCAAUGUAUGUGUGUAUACAUACAUCGAUGUGUGUGUAUAUAUAUAUAUGUGUAUACACGCAGAAAUAGGAAAUGGCAAAAUGUUAACGAUUGAAAAAUGGAUAAAUCUAGAUAGAGAAUAUAGAAAUAUUUCUUAUAUUAUUCUUGGAGAUUUUCUAUAGGUUUGAAAUUUUUCUGGGUGGAGAGAUUUUUUUUUUAAACUAAUACCAUUUGGAAUUAAUGAAUAAGGCUAAAUUCAAAAGAAAAACCAAUGAGUGGCAAAUUAGUGUGAAUGUGGCCUUAUUUUUACCUUCUUUCAUUUUUUAAAUUGAGAUAUAGUUGAUUUACAAUAUUAUAUUAGUUUCAAGUGUACAACAUGGUGAUUCAGUGUUUUAUAUAUCCUUUCACUUUAAUGUUUGUACUACAGUUAGCUACAUUUAGUAAUUAAUUUUAUGAAGUAAAUAUAUAGUGCCCCUUGGAAGCUUUUAUUUUAUUGUAAGUAUAUAUUUUCUCAGCCUAAAAACUAUAGUAAAUAAAAAAUAUCCUCUUAAUCAGAGGAGGAGCAGGGCAAAGGCCCGGGGCUUUAUUUGCCAAUUAAAACACAUACACAAGAAUUCGCAUCAUGGCUCAGUGGGUUUAGAACCCGAAUAGUAUCCAUGAGGAUGUGCUCACUCAGUGGGUUAAGGAUCCGGUGUUGCCACAAGUUGUGGCAUAGGUUGCAGAUAUGGCUCGGAUCCAUAGUUGCUGUGGCUGUGGUGUAGGCCAGCAGCUGCAGCUCUCAUUUGACCCCUAGCCUGGGAACUUUCAUAUGCCACAGGUGCCGCCCUGAAAAGGAAAAAAAAAAAAAAAAACCACAGAGUUUCCGCCGUGGCAUGGUGGGUUAAUUAUCCCACCUACAUCACAACUGUGGCUUGGAUUCAUUCCCUAUGCCCUGGGUGUGGCAGAACAAACAAAAAUCCACUUACAUGCAUGCAGAGAUUUUGAAAGAGCUAUUUUGACCUAGUUGUUUUACUAGAAACAGAACUUCUAGAAAAUGUUUAUCACUAAUCCCCGCGUAUAUUAUUUAUUAAAUGUACACCUAACAUAAAUACAUAUAUAUUUAACAUACUCAGCACAUAUGUUAUUUGUAUUAGGUGUACUUAGCAUAAAUAGACACAUACAUAAGAGUGUGUGUUUGUGUGUGUGUGUGUGGCUAGGUACUUAAUUUGCGGGACCCAAUGCAAUAUGAAAAUAUGAGGGCCUCGUUCAAAAAUUAACAUGUGGCCUUAUGCAACCACAUAGGUUGCAUGUCCAUGAAGUCAGAUGUGCAUAGAUAUACAAGUGUGUACACACAUAUCCAUACAAGCACACAUAUGUCUGAAAUGUUUAGAAAUCUAAAUAUGAGCUUUCCCAAGACUCCAUUAUCUAGUAUAUCUCCUUGAGAGAGAAACUCCGCAUCUAUUUCCCACUUGAGUAUUCACCAUAACUUGAGGUUCUUGGCAUGUAAACUUUUCAUUAUGGAAUAUAGAACAAUUUCAAUGUUAUUCAUUUAGUUUUAUAAGUUUUUAUGUUAAAACAUAUAAACCAGAGACUAGAAUAGGGAAACUCCAUGUACCCAUUACCCAGCUUCAACAAUUAUCAAUAUCCUGCCUUGUUCUAUUUACCCCUUCCUUUUUUUUUUUUUUUUUUUUUUUUUCCAAUUUUUGGCCGCCCUAAGGCAUAUGGAGUUCCCUGGGCCAGGGAUCAGAUCUGAGCUGCAGUUGAAAUGUAAGCCACAGCUGAGGCAACACUGGAUCUUUAACCCACUGUGCCGGGCCAGGGCUUGAACCUGCGUCCCAGCACUCCCAAGACACUGCCAAUCCCAUUGCACAUAGCGGGAACUCCUAUCCCUUCCUUUUUAAAAAUGUCUUUGCUGAAGGAUUUUAAAGUAAAUCUUAGACAUUGUAUCAUUUCACUUGUAAAUACUUAAAAAUUGAUUUUUAACAGAUAAGGUCUUCAUAAUUUUAAUCAAGCCACACUAUCAUUGCCACUCAACAAAAUUAAUAAGAUUUCCUUAAUAAUCAUGUCAUAAUCAGCCUGUAUUCAAUUUUCCUAUCUCAAAAAUAUCUUCCUCCAGGUUAAGUCAGGAUCCAACAUUACAUUUAGUUAGUAUGUCUCUUUUAAAAACUCUAUAUAACAUUCACCCUGUUUUUAAUUUCUUUCCUCUUGCUAUUUAUAUGAGGAAAUAACUAAAUCAUAUAUUCUAUAGAAUUUCCUCCAUUCAAGAUCCGGCUGAUGGUAUCCCCAUGGUGUCUAGUUAGAUCUAGAAACUUGUCUGAAAUUUUUUUCCAGGAAUACUCCAUAGGUGAUGCUGUGUACUUUCUUUUGCAUCACUCCAGGAGGCACAUGAUAUAUAGUUGUUCCACUUUCAGUGAUCUUAAGUUUGGUCAGUGAUUUUCGGUGCCAUCUACCAUCAAUCUUCCUUAUCAGUCUUUCACAUAAUGUUGUUAGCAGCCAUUGAUGAUUAUUGCCUGGAUCUAUUAUUUCAUUAGGAUUUGCAAAAUAGUGAUUUGGAGAUUCUAUCAAACCUUUUGCAUUUAUUAUCUGUGAUUCUUCUGUAAAGAUAAACUUCUCUAAAGCUGAAUGGGAAAGAUGGGAUAAAAUGUUUAUGAAUUUUUAGAAUGGGUUAGAGCCCCAGCAACCUACAAAGGUGACAAAGAGGUUUUUGUUUUUUAGGCUGGGAUGUGACACAACCUUCAUUUUGAAACAUUGUGUUUAGAAUGGGUUGGAGCAGGAUAAUACUAUAUCUUUAUCUGUUUUUUAAGAUACCACAUAUAAAUGAUAUCAUAUAAUGUUUGUCUUUUUCUGUCUGACUUACUUGACUUAGUAUGGUAAUCUCUAGAGCCUUCCAUGUUGCUUCAAACGGCAUUAUUUGAUUCAGAAAAUGCUGUAUUUGAAAGAUCAGAAAUCUGAGCGCCUGAAUAGUGGGAGAGGAGAGAACCAAGAGGAGUUAGCAAUUAGUUGGAUGUGAGGAUUUAGGGAAAAGCGGGCGUCAGAGACUACCUCCAGGUGGGUUUGAUAGUGAGUGCCAGGAGUGUGAUGCUGUUAUAGAAGGUAUAGGUCUCAAUCAAAUUAACCCCCUCAAGGAGCCACACAUAUUCGAGAGAUAUUUUGUCUCACACUGUUACCUAUUGCACAGUCUUGAGUCAGAAUUUAAGCCAAUAGUGGGGCCACUGUUCAUGUGUCUACCUGGUGGGGUGGAGUGCAUUUGGGAGGCAAAGCAUUGGAUCUCACUUGGAGAUGCUGAGUUUGAGGUGCUGCUGUCAUAUUCAUGGGAGGAUGUAGAGCAGACUACAGAAAAUGCAGGAGGGAACCUGAGAAAAAGGAUAAACUAGAAUCAUACACAGAAGACGAUGUGUAUGUUAUCUGGAAGUAAGCCCUGAUGCUUAACUAUGAACCCAAGGCAUUGCCAAGGGAGUGAUUACAUAGAAGAAAGAGGGCUCAGAAACAAAAGCUAAAUGUCAAUCCACUCCCUAAUGUCUGUGAUUCUUCCUCUGUGACUGUGAGCUAGCCCAACCCCACAUUUCCUUAGAAUAGUCACAGACACAGGGACUAGAGUUGAUAGGUGUACAGAGGUCCCACUGAUGGCUUACACUCUGACUGAUAACUCUGUAAUGGGUAAAACUUUGAGGCAAACCAAAUACCUCUCAAAUAUGUGUGGCUCUUGAGGAAUCAGAUUGAUUGGGACCUGUAUUAGUUUCCUAUGGCUGCUGUAAUCAGUUACCACAAAAUUGGUGGCUAAAAACAAUACACAUUUACAUUCUAACAGGAGACCAGAAGUCUGAAAUGGGUUCCACAGGGCUCCUGUUCCCCAUCCUGUGUUCAGCAUUACCUGAAUAAGCCAUAGCCUCACAGAUCUGCUCAAGAUUACCUGGAUAGGCUUUCAUUUCUAUGGCUCUCUGCUAUGGUUUCUUUUUUUUUUUUUUUUCUCUUUUUUCAUUUUAAAAAAUUUUGUUAAAGAAUAGUUGAUAUACAAUGUUAUGAUAAUUUCUGCUAUGCAGCAAAAUGAUUCAGUUAUACGUGUACACCAGUUGUCUUUCAGAUUCUUUUACCACGUAGACUAUCACAGAAUAUGGGUAGAAUUCUCUGUGGUGUAUAGCAGGUCCGGGGUGGUCAAUCAUUCCAUAUACCUCAGUGUGCAUGUGCCAAUUCCAAAACCCCAGUCCAUCCCUCCCCUCCCUACCUGUCCCCUUUGGUAACCAUAAGUUUAUUUUCAAAGUCUAUUGAGUCUGUUUGUGUUCUGCAAAUAAGUUCAUUUGCAUCCUUUUUUAAAUUCUACAUAUAAGUGACAUCAUAUGAUGUUAGUCUUUCAUUGUCUGACUAACUGCACUUAGUAUGAUAAUUUCUAGUUCCAUUCAUGUAGUUGCAAAUGGCAUUGUUUCAUUCUUGUUUAUGGCAGAGUAAUACUCCACUGUAUAUAUCUACCACAUCUUCUUUAUCCAUUCUUCUGUAGAUGGACAUUUAGAUUGUUUCCAUGUCUUGGCUAUUCUAAAUAGUGCCGCAGUGAACAUUGGGGUAUAUAUAUCUUUUCAAAUUAUGGUUUUCUCUGGAUAGAUGCCCAGGAGUGAGAUCAUAUGGUAGUUCUAUUUUUAAUUUUUUGAGGCAUCUCCACAUUGUUUUCCAUAGUGGUUGUACCAAUUUACAUUCCCACCAACAGUGUAAGAGGGUUCCCUUUUAUUUGUACCCUUUCCAGAAUUUAUGUAGACUUUGUGUUGAUGCCAUUCUGCCUGGUGUAACAUGGUACCUUAUUGUAGUUUUGAUUUGCAUUUUUCUAAUUAUUAGUGAUGUUGAGCAUCUUUACAUGUGCCUUUUGGCCAUCUGUAUGUCUUUGGAGAAAUAUCUAUUUAGAUCUGUCCAGUUUUUGAUUGGGUUGUUUGGUUUUUUGAUAUUUACCAAUAUAAGCUUGUUUAUUUUGGAGAUUAAUCCCUUGUCGGUUGCCUCAUUUGCAAGUAUUUUUUUCCAUUCUGUGGAUUGUCUUUUUGUUCUCUUCCCUGCUAUGGUUUCUACCUGAAAUCUCCUUUAGCCUUUUUAUGUUUUUAAAUUUAUUUUUAAAAUUUUCGGCUAUGGCCUCUAAUGGCUUGAUAUGGGAUCUUAGUUGUUGGACCAGGGAUCAAACCCAAACCACAGCAGUGGAAGCGCUUCUAACCACCAGGCUAUUAGGAAAUACCUCCCCUUACCUUUUAAAAAAAUAACAGCAUUAUUGAGACAUAAUUCACAUAACAUAAAAGUCACCCUCUUUAAAGUAUACAGUUCAGUGGUGUUUAGUAUAUUGCGUUGUGCAAACAUCACCACAGUUGAUUUUAAAACAUUUUGUCACCCUCAAAAUGAAACUGCAGUAGCAGUCAUUCUUCAUCUUCCCUCAACUCUAGGCAAUCUACUUUCCAUCUCUAUAGACAUGCCUAUUCUGGGCAUUUUGUUUAAAGGAAACAAAUGAAAAUGUGGUCUUUUUCACUUAGUUCAUUUUCAAGUUUCAUCUGUGGAAUAGCAUGAAUUAGACAUUCCUUUCCUUGUUUUUGCCAAAUAAUAUUCAAUUACUUGGCUAUAACACAUUUAAUUCACCUCUUCAUCAGCUGGUGGACUUUUGGGUUUCUACUUUCUGGCUGUUAUGAAUAAUGUUGCUGUGAGUAUUUGUGUACAUGUUUUACAUGGACACAGGUUUCCAUUUCCCUUGGGUGUAUACCUAGGGGUGGAGGCACUGGGUCAUACUGUAACUCCUUCCUUGUAACUUCGCAUAUCAAAAUUAUGUUCUGCUACCAUAGUGUUCUACCAUUUCCCACUCCGAAUGAAAUGUCUCCGCAGUACUUCCCUUGUUUAGUACUUCAGAUCUGUAUUGACCAAUCUGCCUUGGAGCUCAUUCUUGAAUGGGUAUUUCCAUCCAUGUGAAUUUCUGGAAAGCAGGGACAAGCUCUCUCAUUUUGAUUUGCCCCAAGGCCUCAAGUGUAUUACCCUGCAUGAAGCAGGAACUCUGUAAGUGCUUUUGAAUUAGUGGGGAAUAAAAGUGUUAAAAUUUUGAUAUGCUUGAUCCCACAAAGUGUGCGUAAUACUAAAUAAAAUAAUGUUCACUGUAAAAUUUCAACAAAUAAAUGUUAAUAAAUAACAAAGUAAUGGUGGAUAUGGUUAACCAAUUUAGUACAUUAAAGCCUAUUUAGUUUGAAUUUUAGAAGCUCUAGUAUUUUGGGUUUAUAACUGGAAAAAUGAAGCAUUUUAGAAAUUCUAGAUGGAACUUUGAAAAUGUAGUACAGAAUAUACAAAAGUAAAUGACAGCAUAUGUUAAAAUUUACUUUAUGAUUCAAAUUUCACAUUGUUCUAAAGAAAAUAAAAAAGGCUUUUCAGUGUU